CUAGAAAGAAAAGGGAAGGACCGAGCAGAGCAGUACAAAAGCAGCCUCGGAUCUCGCCGGGGAUGCAAGUGUUAAGGGGAGGCGGGGAGUGACGCGGUUUGCGUCUGGAGCGGCUCCUUGGAGUCCACAGCAUCCAACGCCGGAGCCUCGCCUUCCUUUCUCCCUCUGCAGACAUCGAGACACAAAAAGAGAAGCGGACCCCCUGGGCCAGCUCGAGGAACCCGCCCGUACCAUGACCGAGACCACCAAGACCCACGUUAUCUUGCUGGCCUGCGGCAGCUUCAACCCCAUCACCAAAGGGCACAUUCAGAUGUUCGAAAGAGCCAGAGAUUAUCUGCACAAAACCGGGAGGUUUAUCGUGAUCGGCGGGAUUGUCUCUCCGGUCCACGACUCCUACGGAAAACAGGGCCUUGUGUCGAGCCGGCAUCGUCUCAUCAUGUGUCAGCUGGCUGUCCAGAACUCCGACUGGAUCAGGGUGGACCCGUGGGAGUGCUAUCAGGACACCUGGCAGACGACCUGCAGCGUGCUGGAGCACCAUCGCGACCUCAUGAAGCGGGUGACAGGCUGCAUCCUCUCCAACGUCAACACCCCCUCCAUGACUCCCGUGAUUGGACAGCCCCAGAACGAGAACACCCAGCCGAUUUACCAGAACAGCAACGUGCCCGCCAAGCCCACUGCAGCCAAGAUCUUGGGGAAGGUGGGGGAAAGCCUAAGCCGGAUCUGCUGUGUCCGCCCACCCGUGGAGCGCUUCACCUUUGUGGAUGAGAACGCCAACCUGGGCACGGUGAUGCGGUACGAGGAGAUUGAGCUUCGGAUCUUGCUGCUGUGUGGCAGUGACCUGCUCGAGUCCUUCUGCAUUCCAGGACUCUGGAACGAGGCAGAUAUGGAGGUGAUUGUUGGGGACUUUGGGAUUGUAGUGGUGCCCCGGGACGCAGCUGACACAGACCGAAUCAUGAAUCACUCCUCAAUACUCCGCAAAUACAAAAACAACAUCAUGGUGGUGAAGGAUGACAUCAACCAUCCCAUGUCUGUUGUCAGCUCAACCAAGAGCAGGCUGGCCCUGCAGCAUGGGGACGGCCACGUGGUGGACUACCUGUCUCAGCCCGUCAUCGACUACAUCCUCAAGAGCCAGCUGUACAUCAACGCCUCGGGCUAACGGCCACACAGCCCUCCGCUGCACUCUCCCCACGUCCUCCGCCAACACACCGGCCCCUUCAGUCUCUGUCGGUCCCCUGUUUCUCUCCGGCCUCUGUUUCUCCAUCUCCUCAUCGUGACUGUUCUCCCCGUUCGCCGGCUCAAGCCCCCACAGUGUGGGGACCUUCAGAGAACCUCGGCGUCCCUUCCUCCGCAGUCAUCUUUGGACAAACUUUCCUCUAGUCUCCGGGUUGGGGGUGGGUGAGGGCGUAGGGAUGGGAGUUGGGGGGAAGUGCUGUCCUUGGAGAUGUGCUGGUGGCCAUCUCCCAGCAUGCUAGAGAGUGGCUCUGGUGCCCAUCCUCCCAGCAUGCUCUGGGGAGGCAGCUCUGGCUCUCGCCUUCCCAGCAUGCCCUUUACCACAAAGGGCUAUUUUUUUCUUUUCUGUUUUUGUUUGUUUUUUGUUUUGUUUGUUUUGUUUUAAUUUUGAUUGCUGUUGUUCGCGCCUCAUAGAACUUGGAUGAAAUCAG